AUGCUAAAACCUUUGUUGCCUUUAGGUAGUUCAUUCAACUUGGCCACCCAUGAUUCUGCCUCUAACUUCAUCUUGGCUGCCCCCAACGUCCGGUUUAACAGAAACUAUUGGGUUCCUACCGGUGUUCCUCACCCUCACUUGAGCUACGACAUAUCAAUUCUCACUCAGGAGGAAAACGGAAUUUGGCAUGAGCUUAUGGUGAGCGAGUUUGGUGAAAAGAGACGUCAUGGAUCUUUAUCAGUGAGUAUGGAUUUAAUUAAUCCGAAAGAAGUGAAGAUAUUGAAGGAAGUAUUGAUUAUUUGGUCCACUGAAGAAAUGAAAGAUCUUGAGAUCUUGUUUAAGGUACUUUACCAUUUAUAUCUCCAGCUUCAAAACUCUAGCUACUUAAUUUUGGUUGAAGUUUGA